AUGCGCACGUCCAUAACCUCACUCCUGCUUUCUCUGGCAGUUGCCAGCUCAGCCCAGGAAGAAAUUCCUGGACUCAACCAACCCAAAGAUACGGAGUGCGAGCUCAUUGCACCAGUCGUCGAUGGACUGCUUGCCGUACCAUCUGCCACAGAAUUUUGUUCAUCGCUGCUCAGCAUUCCCACUGUGACGGUCACUUCGCUCGCUGUUGAAACAUUAACCCUGACCUCAAUCGUGGAGACUCUUGAGACAACCACACUGCUGUCGACCUUUACAAACACGGACGAGACUGCAGUAACUGGAACUACUACCCUGACUGCUGAUGCAGUCACCGUGACAGACACUAUAACUACCACAGUCGAUGCGUGCGCUCCAAAGGUUGGAACUGUGAUAGUCACAGUCACGGCCGAUCCCAUCGUCAAACGAGACUAUGCGCACACGCUCAGCCCCAGUAGCACCUCAUGCACUAAAAGCAAGAAGUCUACAAGCACUGUGACGCCUUCGUCCACGUCUACAAAAUGCUCAAGCACUACAAGUUUAUCGCUCGCUCAGCCCUCUAGCAUGGCGGCAUACCCAUCAUCCGAAGCGUUGAGCGCGGUUCCAGCUUCGUUCUCCAAAUACUCGACGACUUCUCAGAUGCCUUCGUCCGAUUAUUCCAGUUUAGUGGAGUCAGCGUACCCAGCAUCUUCGAGCGUCGUGGAAGUGUCUUCCACAGCAGUUUCGAGCCUCGUGGAGUCAUCUUCUACAGCAAGUUCAAGCACUGUAGAAGAUCCAUCUACAACGACUUCAAGUGCUGUGGAAACGUCGUCCACCUCGUCUUCGGUCACUACAGAGCUAUCUACAACCGUAUCGUCAAGUGUCAUGGAGUCAUCUUCAACACCAGAACCUACCCCGACCCCAACACUUUGUCCAUCUGCUCCCUCAGGCCUCCAACAAUACGAGUGCGCACAAGUAUCCGCAGCCUGCUCUUGCCUCUCUCUCGCAACCCCCACCGUCACCGAAGUGGUCAGCAGCACCGCUACGGAGGUCAGCGUGUCCACAACCACUACCAUCACUGAAACUGCCCUAACGGUUACCAUCACAUCGACCCAAGAGAUCGCUACGACGGAGACUACGACACCCACUACGACGAUUACCGUAGUCGCGACCGCAACGUCAACGCCUGACCUCAUGAACGACCCCAACAACUGUGGUGCCUGCGGCAACGUUUGUGCCAGCGGUUCAUGCGCCAAGGGAUUCUGCACAAACCCCUCUUGUGCACCGUCAUCUUGUACCAAGUACGUCUACUGUGGUUCAGGUUGUAUCUGUGGUGCCGUCAGUGGAGGCGGCGGUCUCUGCGUACCUGGCACUACUUCCUGCAGCAGUCCCACUUGUAAAGUAAACGAGGACUGUGCUAGUAACCAGCUGUGUGUUGUCAACACUUGCUGCAGAGGUGGAGGCGGUAUCUGUGUUAAUGCGGUGCAGACUUGCUCGAACGGGGCUAUGCCAAAGGCGUUGUUUGUGAGGAGGCCGGCUGGAGAGACUGUCAUGGGAUGA